ACCAUUUCGCUGCGUAAAGUCUCCUCCCCGCGACCGCUACAUUCUGCGCCGAAACCCAGUCUCUCCCGGUCCGUAUUUUAACUUCUUCCCACAGACCUAGUGGUACCUCGUUGGGUACCGGGAGACAGUUUGGAUUACUGGCAUCACGGAUUGAGUGCGAUUUUACGCGGAUGACGACUCCUUCAGCGAGAAUUUAGUAAAAGUAAAUUGGUCGGAGAUUUCAGAAUAUGUGGAGGGGACCCUAAUUCAGCAUCCUGGAAGUAGAAAGCACAGAAGAUCUGUGUCUCACACCACAGACAGGUGCAGUGUGUAGCCGGGAUAGCACAGAGGAAGGAAGCUCUGGGGAGGAGGCGGUGCGGCAGCACACCUCUCCGGCUGUGGAUGUGCUGGGUGGCAACCCCCAGGCUGCACAGAAUGUGGCUGGGGAGUCGCCUCAGCAUGCCCCGCAGCCGGUCGCAGCUGCCCCCCGCCCAGUCCCUCUGUUCCCCGAUCCAUCCACUGUGCCAUUGCCGGAGAGUUCGACGUUCCCUGCCGCCGAGAGCGCCGCUCCAACAACCUUGCUCGAGGCUGCCCCAAUUAGUGGCAUCUCAAAAGAAGUCCACGCCGAGGAGGGUGCUGCCGAAGUCGCGGGAUCCUUGCCAUCACCCCUCUCAGAGGACUGUAAUACCUCUGCUGAGAUGCAAAGGCUUCCAGCUCCCCUAUGUCCUCCUCUCACCCCACAGCUUGACAGCACAGUGCAAGAGCUGCAAUACAGGUCACAAACUUGCAAACACUCAAAUCGUCCAACAAACCAGAUUCAGCCACCGAGAGAGGCUGCUGGACUUGUGGUUAGCGCGGGGACAAAGGAGAAAGGGUUGGAAUAUAAAGAGACUGCAACAAAUAUGGAACUCGGUGGAAAGGAGCACACAGACGGAAAUAUUCCCCCACAACCCCAGUCUCAAGUCUGUUUCACAGUCUCAUCUUCCUCUGUCUCACAAUCAAGUGUUGGGUCUGUGGAGCAGUUUGACAGGGACCCACUUGUCCAAGCUAAUCAAGGCAGCCAUAUAUCGCCAUCAGGUGCUGCGGAGCAAGCAGGUGGUCACCAGGACUCAAAAUUGUCUACGCUCCCUCUGUUUUCAGAUGAUAGUACAGAGAUUACACAAAUUGGCUUGUCAAAAACACAACCUAAAAUCAUCAAGGAGAUCUCAAUUGAUGCCAGAGAAAUGCAGAAAGAAAAUUCUUUGGAAUCAGUUGAGACCUUGGAGCAUGUUGAAGCACUUGUUGAAACACAGCCUCAUUCAGCUGAAAUACUUGAGACCCCACAGGCAAGUGAAUUGCUUCCUGGAUUAUACUCUUCUCCUGGAGAACGGAGCUCAGUGUCCAACAGCAACGAGGGCAACAAUCCCUUUGAAGGAGAGCCGGUGGAGAGCAACGCGAGGGAAGAACAAACUGACACGACCGCCUCCUUAUCUGACUUCACAGUGCUGCCAGAGAGCUCCUUCUCGCAGGAUAGUUCCUCAGUGCCAUCGGCCAAGUCCCCCCUCUGUGACACUGGCAUAGUUGUUUCUCAAACCUCUGAUCAAGUCCCCACAACGGAGGCGUCACUAAUUGCUGAGUUUGUGCAUUCUACUGAAGCUCAAGAAAUUGUGGUGGUCAGAGAGGAGGCUCACAUCAGCGGGGACUGGUCCAACAUGCACCUGAAUCAGAAUUACCUCCUACAACGAGAAGACGGCAGCGUCUGUGAAGCUGCCAUUGUUAACGAGCUGAAUUCUGAACCAAAGCUGUAUGAAGGAAGCGUUCAGGCGGAGAUGGAGUUGGGCUCGCAACCUGUGGAGGUGUAUCAGUUUUGCAGCCUUGUAGAGGAGGUUGCUGAGGAGACGGUCUGUGCCACUAGUAGCGCACAGAUGCCGCCCUCCCCAGGAUACGAGGUGAACCUAUUCAACGCAUUAUUAGAAAACUCUGACGAGUACACCAUCAAAGAGGACAUGGUACCAUCUAUUCACACAGUUAAUGAAAGUGACACCAUCAUAAUUUCCCAGCAGCCCUUGCCCUCAUCUAGUGGUCUAGCUCAAAUACAGACUUGCUCUGACAGUAAUUCCCACACAUUGUCGAUACAAAACGCGGGAGUGGCUGCGGUCGGACAGCAUUUGGUUUUAGAUGGUAACCAAGUUGUCGAGGUGGCACACUCCAGUGAAGUUUGUUUAGUUGAAGUAGCUACCCUUGCAUCUGACUCAUUCAUUGUUGAACAGACAAACGCCAGUGCACAAAUUCAGACACAUUGUUCGGAGGUGAGUUUAGCCGAGUCGGAACAAACAGAGGUUAGUGAUUCUGCUAUAAUUCAAACAGUUCCCCCAAAACAGGAAGCAGAAGCAGCAGUUGGUUCACUAUCCCUCUCAUCCCCAGUGGUUACUGUUACUGUUACCGGUGUCGGUGUGGGGAUGCAUUCGCCUGCUGUUGUUUCAGUACAUGCUUCUCAUGUUGGAAACCAGCCCUCUCUAAAUCAGACCACAGGAGUCACUGUUGUAAGUGCCACGAAGCCUGAGGUCUGUGUUUCUUCUUGUGAAGGGACCAAAGAAACUUCUGCUUUGACAGAGACUUCAUCACAGAGUAUUCAGAAAAUUAUUGUGUCCACAGAAACCGAACCGGAGGCUUACUGCAUCACUGGCUCCUCUGGUCUUAUAAACCCAAAGCUGCUCAUUCUUAAACAAGGAGAAACUCCUCUCCUGAAACACCCACCCUCCCUUUUGGCACAGGUGUCCAAGCAACUCGGUGUGGCCGGCAAGUUGGCCAAUGCCCACAGCUCUUGUUCUGGCACGGUGUCUGAGGAGUGCCUUCCCCAAACUAUCUCAGCAGCAGACUCUUUGUGUGCGUCAGUGGCUCUUAGCAGCCACAAAGAUCAGACGCAGUGCUCUGUCAAUAAAACUCUAGUGGCAGCAGCUCACAUCAAAGUACAGCAGCCUACAGCGAGCCGCGAUGUUUCCCUUCAGCUCCAACAGACGACUUCAACAAGCAAAUCCGAGGCCUUAUCCGUUACUAAAACAUUACCAAACAAAGCAGAUCCUGCACGUCACGGUGUUGUCGCACCUACCAAUGCCACCCCACUCGCUACACCUCACACCCUUGACAUUCACAUGGCAUCAGUGGAAAAGGAAUGUACAGACGCGGCGUCCGCCAGCCCCAACGCCGCUUUUGGCCAGCUCGACUGCCUCCUCGCGGAGGACGAUAGCGAGGAUGAGCCGCCGGGAGAGACCGAAGGCCAGGAGGUCACCUCGGGACAGGUUAGCAGUCCGGAGGAAGGUAGCGACGAAGAACCUGACACGGACAGAAGCGAGAUGAACACACCCAGCUCACCACACAAGGUACGCCAGUGGAUCGCAGACAGAGUCACGGUGAACUCAUCCCCAGUUUCUCCAUCCACCUCCUCUUCUUGCUCCUACCCCGGCCCCUCAGCCACCGCUGACUGGUCCACGCCGCGCCGGGAGAGACCCUCACCUCUCCGGGGUCCUCACGGCAAGUUCGUCUCUCCGUCGUCGGUCGGCGGCUAUAGUUCCUCCUUUUCCACGCCGGACCAGGCGACCCCUCAGCGGUCCCGCGGAGAGCGCCACACGGACAUGGCAGAGCUGGCGAAACAUGAAGCGGACAUCGAGCAUCGAACCCAGGCGCUGAAGCGAGAAGGCUUCUGGUCGAUGAAGCGUCUCACCCGCCUGACGGAGCCACCGCGACCCAAAGUUCACUGGGACUACCUGUGUGAGGAGAUGCAGUGGCUUUCUGCCGACUUUGCGCAAGAGAGGCGCUGGAAAAGAGGGGUGGCUAGAAAGGUGGUGCGAAUGGUCAUGCGACACCACGAGGAGCUGAGGCAAAAAGAAGAAAGGGCCAAGAGAGACGAGCACGCUAAAAUCAGAAGAGUUGCCUCUUCUAUUGCUAAAGAAGUGCGGGCUUUCUGGAGCAGCGUUGAGAAGGUGGUUCAGUACAAGCAACAGUCCAGACUGGAGGAAAAGCGGAAGAAGGCUUUGGACCUACAGUUGGACUUCAUCGUUGGCCAGACAGAGAAAUACUCAGACCUCCUCAGCAAGUCUCUGGCACCCAGCAAGCCUGUUGAACCUGUCCCGACUCAGCAAAAAUCUCUGCCAGCUCCCGUCGACGAGGACGACCGAGACUUUGAGCCUCCGUGUGAAGAGGAGGAUGAUGAGGAGACCAUAGAAGUGGAGGAACAGCAGGAGGGUAAUGAUGCAGAGAGCCAUCGGAGGGAGAUUGAACUGCUGAAGGAAGAGGGCAUGUUGCCCCUCGAUCAACUCCUCAGCACCCUCAAACUGCCACAGGACUCUGGCUCAGACGACGAAUGCUCAGACGAAACCUCUUCAUCGUCGGAGGAAGAAGAGGAAGAUGGAGAAUUCACUGCCAAUGAAGAAGAUGCUGAGGAUGAGGAGGACACCAUAGCAGCCCAGGAGAAGGUAGAAGGAAAUGUAGAUCACACAGAGGAACUUGAUGAAUUAGCCAAGGAGGGCGAUAUGAGCAUGGAGGAGCUGCUGGAGAAGUACAAAGGAGCAUAUGCCUCAGACUUCGAGGCCCCCUCUGCUUCUGGCUCUAAAGAGAGCUCAGAUUCGGAGGUGUCUGGGGACGAGGAGGUGGAGACCGAAGAAGAUGAGAGUGAUGUGGAAAGCAACACUUCUUCCUCAGAUUCGCCAGGAGACAGUGCAGAAGAAGACGAGAGUGAAGAGGAAGAGGAUGACGAUGACGGGGGAGAUGAAGGGAUGGAGGUUUUGCUAAAGGAGGGAGACAACAGCCCGCCUCCCUCCAGCUCACGGCCAAAGAAAGAGAUCAGCCACAUUGCUGCUACUGCAGAGAGCCUGCAGCCUAAAGGCUACACUUUGGCGACCACAAAGGUCAAGACCCCCAUUCCUUUUCUGCUUGACGGCACAUUACGAGAGUACCAGCACAUCGGACUCGACUGGCUGGUCACCAUGUAUGAGAAGAAGUUAAAUGGCAUCCUGGCUGAUGAGAUGGGUCUGGGCAAAACCAUCCAGACUAUCGCUCUGCUAGCUCACCUCGCCUGUGAAAAAGGUAACUGGGGCCCUCACCUCAUCAUCGUGCCAACCAGUGUGAUGUUGAACUGGGAGAUGGAGCUGAAGCGCUGGUGUCCAGGCUUUAAAAUCCUCACCUACUUUGGCAGCCAAAAGGAAAGAAAGCUGAAGAGACAGGGCUGGACGAAGCCUAAUGCGUUCCACGUGUGCAUCACCUCAUACAAGCUGGUGCUGCAGGAUCACCAGGCCUUCAGGCGGAAAUCCUGGAGGUAUCUGAUCCUAGACGAGGCACAGAACAUCAAGAACUUCAAGUCUCAGCGCUGGCAGAGCCUGCUGAACUUUAACAGCCACCGGCGACUGCUGCUGACAGGAACCCCUCUCCAGAACAGCCUGAUGGAGCUUUGGUCUCUCAUGCACUUCCUGAUGCCCCACGUCUUCCAGUCGCACCGCGAGUUCAAGGAGUGGUUCUCUAACCCGCUAACAGGAAUGAUCGAAGGCAGUCAGGAGUACAACGAAGGCCUGGUCAAGAGGCUCCACAAGGUGCUGAGGCCUUUCCUGCUCAGGAGGAUCAAGGUUGAUGUGGAGAAGCAGAUGCCCAAGAAAUACGAGCAUGUGGUGCGCUGCCGCCUCUCCAAAAGACAGAGGUUCCUCUACGACGACUUCAUGGCACAGGCCUCGACCAGGGAAACACUGGCCAGUGGUCACUUCAUGUCUGUGAUCAACAUCCUCAUGCAGCUCCGCAAAGUGUGCAACCACCCCAACCUGUUUGACCCUCGGCCCAUCCAGUCCCCCUUCAUUACAAAUCCUAUUGUUUUCUAUACAUCCUCCCUGGUGCAAGACGUACUGGAUGUUUCUCCGUUGAAGCGCUGCGAUCUUUCUAUGUUUGACCUGGUUGGUUUGGAGAGACGAGUGUCACGUUACCAGGCAGAUGUCUUCCUGCCGCGCCACAAAGUCAGCCGCCAAUUAAUCCAGGAGAUCACUGAGUCCCCAGAACCCCCUCCAAGACCCAGACCGGUCCGCAUGAAAGUCAACAGGAUGUUCCAACCUCCUCCUAAAGGUGAUAACCGACCAGUCCUGCUGAUGAACAAACCUACCUGCUCCGUUCCCCCUGCGGCUCAGACCCCCAAACCUUCUCCAGUCACUGAAGUCGCCUCGCCUGCUCCACCUGCUCCUGUCGUUCAGCAAGUGGUAUGUACAGUUGCAACAACACCUCCUCCUCGUCCGUCGAUGCAUCCCACCGCCCAAACUGCGGUCAGAUCAACCGCUCCCAAGCCUGUGCUGACAGUACGUCCUCCUGGUGCUCCCUGCACAGCCAGCGUUCCAGCUCACCCAAGUCCAAACCCUGGCACAGUCCUGCCCCAGAGGGUGCUGCUCAGUCCGGAUAUGCAAGCUAGGCUACCAUCUGGUGAGGUAGUGAGCAUAGCCCAGCUGGCCUCCUUGGCGGGACGACCCGCGUCAUCAUGCCAGGGCAGUAAACCUGUCACCUUCCAGCUUCAGGGCAACAAGCUGACUCUGUCUGGAGCCCAGAUCCACCAGGUCCCAGCAGCAACCCAACGCCCAGUUCAAGGUAAUGUGAUGCACCUGGUGUCCAGUGGGGUGCAGCAUCACCUCAUCACCCAACCGGCCCAGGUGUCUGUCCAGGGCACGGCCGCUGCUAACACGCCCUCUCCUGGAAAUCGACUGCCGCACAACACCACCGCUCAGGUGGCCUCGUCCAUAGUGAGCAGCCCUGGAGUCGUGAAGAUCGUAGUGCGUCAGUCAACAGGCAAGGAGGGCGGGCCUGUGCCCACCCUGGCAGUGGCCCCUUCCCCCCGUGUAGCUCCUCCAUCAUCCCCUUCCCUGCAACCCCACGCCAACACGACCCCUGUCAGGAACACUGCUCCACUGCAAACUGCCCAGCGCACACCCGGCCCCGCUACCGCCCACUACACCAUAGCGCCUCCCAGACACCCUAGCUCAACCCCAAACCAGCCCCAACCCCUUCGUCCUGUCCUCAAAGUAGUGCAGCCCCCUCCACCGAGCACAGAGCAACCAGCUCCAGCUCAGGUGACCACCUCGUCGUCUGUUUCCAAGGCUUCAGCAACACCUCAGGACACUAUCAGCAGCAAUCAAACACAAUCUACCACAACAUCGAGGCCCAGUCUGGGUGCGAGAGCUUACCCUCCACCCAGGAAGUUGCCCCGUCCACCUCCUCGCUCUCCUUUCCAUAUGUCAUGGCUGGCAGACAGUCUGAAACAGCAGCGCGACAGCCGACUGGACUUCAUCUUUCGAGUCAACGAGCGCCACUGCGGGGCAAAGCCAGUGUACGGCUACGAGGUUUUGGACUUUCUGACUUUCCUCCCUGGUCCCCGUCCAUCACCAGCCGCCCUGAACUCUAAUGGGGGCGAAUGGGGCCGCUCGGGCCACAGCAGCUGUCUGUACGCACAGUGGCAGAACAAGUCUGACUACUGGUUUCAGAGCGACGCUGUAAGAGAAGCCAUACACAGCAUCGAGGAGCGGGCGGAGCUGCUCAGUGAUAUCAUAGACGGAUUUACGUUUGCGAUUCCUCCAGUGGAGGCUCCUCCGGUCUCCAUGCACUGCUGCCAUCCUCCUCCGUCUCUGAGCCACAAGCAGACAGUCUUCGCCUCCAUGUUGUCAACUCAGGUCAUUCCGCUCACUCGCAGCCUCCACCGCAUCCAGUGCAACAUGAGGACUCAGUUCCCCGACCUGAGGCUCAUACAGUACGACUGUGGUAAACUUCAGACUCUCCACACUUUGCUCCGGAAGCUGAAGGCAGGAGGCCACCGAGUGCUGAUCUUCACUCAGAUGACGCGCAUGUUAGAUGUGCUGGAGCAGUUCCUCAACUACCACGGACACAUUUACCUCCGUCUGGAUGGCAGCACACGUGUGGAGCAGAGACAGGCCCUCAUGGAGCGCUUCAACGCUGAUCGCCGUAUCUUCUGCUUCAUCCUAUCAACUCGGAGUGGAGGUGUCGGGGUGAAUCUGACCGGGGCAGACACCGUGGUCUUCUACGACAGCGACUGGAACCCCACCAUGGACGCUCAGGCUCAGGACCGGUGCCAUCGCAUCGGCCAAACCAGAGACGUUCACAUCUACAGGUUGAUCAGCGAACGCACAGUGGAGGAGAACAUCUUAAAGAAAGCCAACCAGAAGAGGAUGCUGGGAGAUAUGGCGAUUGAAGGAGGAAACUUUACCACUGCCUUCUUCAAACAACAAACCAUCAGAGAGCUGUUUGAUAUGAAUGACGGAGAGAAGAGAGAGGUGGCCAUUGAGCUUUCGGUGCCACAUGCUGAGGAGGAGGAAACUGUAAACAAACAGAGCACCACCAUUCUGGAGCAGGCGCUGUGUCGUGCCGAGGAUGAGGAGGACAUUGUGGCAGCCUCUCAGGCCAAAGCAGAGCAGGUGGCCGAACUAGCAGAGUUCAAUGAGAACAUACCGCUAGAUGACGGAGUGGAACAGGAAGAAGUGGAGGAGCUUUCCAAAGCCGAGCAGGAAAUAGCUGCUCUAGUGGAACAGCUCACCCCCAUCGAACGCUACGCCAUGAAUUUCCUUGAAGCCUCACUGGAAGAUGUGUGCAAAGAAGAGCUGAAGCAGGCUGAGGAGCAGGUGGAGGCCGCGAGGAAGGGCCUGGACCAGGCCAAGGAGGAGGGCCUCAAGCUCCACGCUUCAUCCGAUGACGACGAUGACGACUUUUUGACGACACCAGCUUCCUCUGAGGCUCAGCCGGCUCCAGCCCGCCGGGGUCGCAAACCCAAGGACAAGAAUGUCACCUCCACAAGGACCAGUGGUCGACUUCGUGGGGCCUCACCGGACACCGAGCCUGAGCCCACGAGCCCUAGAGAAGUGCCUGAAAGGCCCCGCAUUGGUCUGAGAGGACGAGGAGCUGCCAAAGACACGGGUACUGUGUCUACCACCUCGUCCCGCACGGACCAUCACAAAGCCUCCUCCUCCUCCUCAAGCAGGCUUCAGGAUUCCUCCAAAUCUUCAAAAGCGUCCUCUCCUACCAGAGAUCACCAGUCUGCGAAAACCAGGACUCAGUCAAACCGUUCCCAUCCCAGUCCAGUGCCUUCCCCUCCUACAACCUCUCCCCCUGGAGGGAAGCAGUGUGUUGGAGAGACUGACAGCAAGAACUCCAAAGCCGCAAGAGAGGAGAAGGAAGGGGAGAAUGAGAGGACGGUGUCUGACUUAUCGCUAGAGUCCAGCUGCCACGAGGACCAUCAGACAAAAGAUGAUGACAGUAAAGAGCACAGCGCCAUGUCUCCUCCCUCCACUUGCUCCAGAUCGCCUCGCAAGCGCCAGUCUGCUGACGGCGAAGUCCUGCGGGGUCUAGUUGAAGAUUCCCCAUCAGCCAAAGUCCUACGCAAGCUUCCAGGUAGGCUGGUCACAGUUGUGGAGGAGAAGGAGCCGAGAAGGAGGAGGCGGCGAUGCAGCGGCACUGGGGGCGGUGGUUCUUCAGAAGAGACGACAGCUGAAGAGAAUGCUGCUGGGUUUCUUGAUGAACCAAACAAAGACAACACAUCACCAAGCCCCGACAGCAAAACCAAAUCCCCUCAGGACCAAGACUCGACCCCAAGUCCAUCUUUGCACCCGCAGCCUGUCAGAGGUUACCCGCCGUAUUCUCCCCCCCAUCUUUCUCCUGACAUGCCCGUGCUGAGGAAUCUUCCUGUGCGCCGCAGGUUGGAAACUGAAUCUCGCAUGGCUGCUCAGCUGGGAGAGCAACAUCUGGGCAGAGGGAGGGGAGGGAACUUGUUCAAGAAAACAGACCCAGCGCCAGGGAAGGACGCCACCACAGCCUCCGCAGAGUCCGGUAUGAAUUCAUUCGUGACACCUUUGAAAAGAAAGAGGGGCCGGCCCCCUAAGACUCCCCCUAGACUACCUGAGGGCGACAUCAUAGUGACGCCUCCAUUGCAGCCCACGUCAGCACGUGAGGACGGGAACCCCCCUCUGUCCCCUAAACGCAAGAGGGGACGACCCCGCAAAGACUCCACAACAACGAUGGAUGCUGUUAUUGAGGGGCAUAACUCUUCAAUAUCAAAACCAGACACUAGCACAGAACCAACUGUCCCAUCUGAGGACACAAGUCAAGCCUCACAGUCGGCUAAGGCCGAGGAAAUAGACACUAAGACUGAAGUUUCACCGACAGAUUCAGAUCCAGCCUUCACAGCAAAGACUUCCGUACCGGUCCCAGCUUCAGACCAAGCACCAACAGCACCUGCACCCUUACCCGUGGCUGCCUCCACAUCCGUCUCCACCCAAGUUGCAUCCACCCAGGUUUCCUCUGUUACAGUCUCCUCGUGUGCCACUCUCCCAGUCACUGCCACAACUUUGUUGCCAUCCACCACCACCACCGUCUCAUCGACUCUUCCAGCUGUGAAAACAACACUUCUGACAGUUUCCGAAGCUGCCAUUGAGCCAAAUGUCACAACAGCAGAACUAAACUCCGCUGACAAACCAGUUGCUACCACUCAACCCGCUGUGUCAGCAGCCUUGGCUCAUGUCGAAAGUGUUCAACCAUCACUUUCCACAUCCACCACAUCAGCUCCUAUUACGUUAGCAGUGAACUCCCUCACAACAAAUAUAACUACUGCUGUAAACGACUUUCUACAAUCCUCUCCGACGUCUACCACAGCUUCUGUAACCUCAACCUCACCUGUGUUCCGGGUUUCAUGUAAACUGAUUUCCCUAAAUACAACUGUGACACCUCCGCUAAAAACUGUCCAAGCUAGCCCAGUAGUCGCAACGACUACUCCUCUAGAAGAACCGCAGACAAGCUUGUUAAACUCAAACUCAGACAUGUCUGACGAGGCUUCUACAACACCACUAGUAACAGCAGCUCCACCGUGUGGUGCAGAUACAGAUCCACCUUCUCCAGCCAAAAAUAACACAGUCUCAACCCCAUCAUCAACAACAGAAGUAUCUGACCAGCCUGUUAAGUCCUCUGCAACAUCUGUUGCUCCACCUAGUCCAACCUGUUCUCCUACCCCAAUUGCAACUAGUGUUGCUACACUUGACGAGGCAAAGACAGUUGCAGCAACUCCAUCAUCAACAGAGGGAGUCAAAGCUCCUUCCAGAGUACACACCUCUACUCCUCCUGCCCCUGAAACAACUUCAGAAACAAUAGUCAAAUCGCCUCCAUCUCCAGUAACAACUGUCACAGACGCUACACCAGCUCCAGCAUUCGUCACCACCACUACGUCAUUCCCAGAUAAAGCUGUUAUGCCUGCCACUGAAAACACGGCAACUGCCCAAGUAUCCACCACCACCACCACAGUGACUUCUGUGUCAACAGCAACAGUCUCAGAGUCGCCAGCUGCCUCAACAACAGUCCCUCCUGUGUCUACAACCCAAGACAAUUCAGUAGUUUCCUCACAAGUCCAAAGUUCUGAAUCCACAAGUGUUUCCACAGACCUGUCUACACCAGCUCAUGCUGAAACCGCAUCCCAGACCCCAACUUCUGCUUCCAUUGGUGGUUCACAGGAGAAUCAACCCUUGGAGCCAACAGAGGAAAUCUCUAAAAGAGACCCAGACAGCGAGACAACAAUGGAAGUAGACGGCGUGGAGGGUGACGCAAAGACUAGUGACAAGAAGGACGAUAAAAAGCAGGAUGUCUGUAAGCCUAAGAGGAGAAGGGUAGAGAGUCCCUCUGAGACCAAAGACUUGGAGCCAGGAAGCGACAAAGCAGGUGAAGGAGAAACGAUGACUACAGCCACCACAGAGAAAGAAGAAUCAAGGGAACAGGAAGAGGAGGAAACUAUUGAAGAUCAGAUCCCUUCUAAGCAGAAAAGGUCUCUGAGUCGACAGAGUAGCCAGGAGUCCACGCGCUCCUCUUCACCGUCAUCUGGGUGCUCUACAUCAACACUCACUCGUCACGCUCACCACAAGAGGACAUAUGAGAACAGACAUCCUGCCAAGAGAAGGCGAGUAGACGGCAGCUCGGACGCAGGGAAGGAGGAGGACGAGGAAGAGGAUGGGAAGAAAGAAGCAGGCAGGGAGGAAGAGCUCACUGGCGCUUCCUCUCGAAGGAGACGUUCCAGGUCUCCCUCCUCGUCCUCUGAAUCGGGAAACGACGACGGCGGGAAGGAGCACAGGCUGACGCGCUCGGCCCAGCGUAGGCUGCAAGGUCAGGAGACAGAAAAGGGCAACAGGGAGAGAAAAGGAACUAAAUCUACUCGCAGCUCAGACAGAAAUGCAUCCAACAAUGCAAACACCUCCACGGGAGGAGAGUCGGGCAGCGAUACGUCCUCUGUCAGGAUCACCAGGAAGUCUGUGGGAUCUCAGCCUUCACAAGACAGUAAAGCUCAGACAAACAGUGCUCCCUUGUUGCCUCCCGAGCCAGAGGUUUUGGGGAAAAGGUGCUCGGCACUCAAUGCAGCAGCCAAGCUACUAGCCAUGAAGGGCAGGGUGGACACCCCGGGUCACACCACUCGGAAAGACUCUGGGACAAAGGCGGCAGGAACCUCUUCCACCACCACCUCCUCCUCCUCCUCUUCUGACAAAAACCAAAAGCCUAAAAGUAAAAGCGUGCCAGCCUCCCCUCAGAGCAACUCUGUAACGCUUACCAACAAUAAAACCGGUGGCAGCAAACCUUCAACACCCGGUCAGAUGAGCCGCUCUGCAUCCCGAUCCACCAGGCAGUGCCCCGGUUCUCUGGUUCCACCCCUAGAAGCGGAGUACAAGAGGUGCAAAUUGGAGGAAAGAGAGAGCGGCAGCAGGAAAUCAUCGAGGGGGAAGGAAGGAGAGGGUGAAACGUCGUCGCGAGGCCACAGCGCCUGCAGCAGCAUGAGCAGCGACGGCGAGGGCGACUGUGGCGGACGCAGCAGCCGGAGCCGGAGCAGCAGCAACAGCAGCCAGCGAACCCACAGCAUCAGCUCCCAGAACACGGAGCACAGGGGCUCUCGCUCCCGCGGCGCUUCCUCCGGCAGCGAGCGCGAAAGGGACCGCAGCUCAGACCGGGCCAACAGAAGAGACAGGAAAGACAAGCAGGGCCAGCAGAGAGAGAGCCGAGGGGACAGCAGGAGGUCUCGGAAACUCUCGCAGGAAGUGACGAGCGGGCCGAGGACCGAGGGCACGCAGGAGAGGGUGCUGCGAAGCGUGGCGGCGCUAGCGGCGGCUCAGGCCCGGUCACCAGCCGCGAGCACCCGCUCCUCGUCUAGUCAACAGCGUCACAACAAGACAUGAUCACCGGAGCGCCUAAAGGGGAAUAAAAAACAAGUGUUAUAUUACGAGAGCAUGUCACGGUUGCUGCUUUGAGUGCACUCUUAAGAAAAGCAAGGGAACUGAGUGCUGCACAGGCCAGAGGCCUCCUCGCCUCUUGGGCCCUCUCCCUUUUUACCUGGAGCUGGUUCCCCUCACCAGCUCAGCCAUCAACAGCUGGGGGAAGGCUCAGGGAUGCUGGGCUUGACGGAAAGAAAGUGGCGCCGUCGUAGUGCGUCCGUAAACAGGACAGAAAGUGGUGGUGCAGUGGAUAAAUUCACCACCGGGACUUAUGAGGGGGGUGGGAAGGGGGGGUGGGAUAAAGGUGCAACAGGUAACAAAGGCAAGUUGUUAGUUCACAUUAUGUACUGUAACCAUUAAAGACUGGAACUCAGAUCCUCUGUGUUAAGAUGGGAUUAUACAGCACCCUCUGCUAGGGUCAUACAUGAAAAGUCAUUUGUGUGACAUUUAAACCUUUUGAGUGACCAGUUGUAUUGUAAGUUGGAGGUUUUAGAAAGUUUGGUUUUCAGCUGUCCUGACUAUUGUUUCUUUGUAGUCAGUCGAUAAGUUAUGCAUAUUUUAUUAUUUCUUCCAGGGUAUUGGGAAGAAAAAUGGAUCUGUCAAUGUGAUCUUUGCUGCACUAUGCUGGAGCUUGUCUUUGCUUGGGCCCCUUUAUUCAUGUCAGUUCCUUGUUCAUUGGAUUCAUUUCAAAUCCAGUCUUGCACAUCUAAUAAUGUGGCCCUCGGCUUCUGGUUACAUUGUAGUGUAGUGACAUGUUUGUACAUCCGGAUAAGUCCAUUAAUUGGUUCCUCUUGAUGAGUUCCAAAAGUAUAUGAUUGACGUUUUGCUUUGCGCCACAAAAAUCCAUCUAUUACCCAAACUUGACAGUCCACUUUGUCAUGUUAUUUAUAUUACAAGGGCAGGUUAGUGAAAUUAAAGAGUGCCUAUUUGGCCAAAUGGUUUUGAACCUCAGAUUGCCUUGUGAAGCCCUGGAGCAGGGGUGUUCAGCUUCUCUUGUUACUUAAAAAAAAAAAAAAAGAAGAAAAGAAAAGGUUUAGAAAAAAAAAGCCAAACAAGUAAACAGUUCCCCUCGACAAAACAUUAAGAACCCCGUGCAUCAGUGCUACCAAAUUUUUAUUUCUUGUCUGAUUUUUUGUCACCAUCACUUCAUUGCUCUUGAUUUAUGUAAAAAAAAUAAAAAUAAAAAAAUCAAAUACUUGGACAAAAUAUGUGAAUAAAAUUACUGGUACAGUUCCAGAUGACUGUAAAUUGUCGAUUUACUUUUGGACUUGUCUAAGCAGCUAUUUUGAGCAAAGGUGAUAUAUAUAAAUAUAUAUGGCAAGGGUGGGGAGGGGGGUUGGGGUAGUUUCUGGUGAUGGUCUUACUACUUUUGAUUUGUCUCUUUGUUGCAUUCCUUUGAUCCACUUGUAAUUCCACAUUGUUUUACUUGAAAAUUAAGACAAUUGCAGUUGAAUAAAAGACCAAAAAUUA